CUCAUUGGUUGAAAGUUUUUCGGGGCCAACAAGAUGUCCAAAGCCACCACAAUUAAGGAGGCACUGAAGCGCUGGGAGGAGCGAGAGCAGCAGAAUUCCCUCACAGCCAAGACCAUUGAUCUGCAGUUCCAGUGGCCGCCCAUCGAGAAAAUGGAUGCCACCCUGGGAACGCUGGUACAAUGCGAGAGGAUAAGUUUAUCCACCAAUAUGAUUGAGAAGAUAUUCGGUUUGUCGGGCAUGAAGUGUCUCAAGGUGCUGUCCUUGUCACGUAACUAUAUAAAGCAGAUUUCUGGAUUGGAAGCUGUGGCUGAGACCCUGGAGGAACUCUGGCUUAGCUACAAUCUCAUAGAAAAAAUCAAGGGCCUGACAGGACUCAAAAGCCUGAAAGUGUUGUAUAUUAGCAACAAUUUAAUCAAGGAUUGGUCGGAGUUUAAUCGCCUGGCAGAAAUAGAGUCUCUAGAAGACUUGGUGGUGGUGGGAAAUCCCCUAUCCGAGGGAUUGGACGAGCCCUCUUGGCGGGCGGAAUGCAUCAAGCGACUGCCCACCAUUCGAAAAUUAGACGGAGAGCCUGUCGUUCUCAACGAAGAACCACAACUAUAA